CGAGUGCAGGUGGCGGUUGUUCACGCAAGUCGGCUUGCGUGGGAGUGAGCGCUGUAGCUGAGAACGUCUGGCUUCUUGCUACAAAGACUAUUGACGUUGGUGGCUUCAGCGGUAGCCCCUUCUUAAGGUAGAGGUAGUUGCUUUCUGUAGAGGUUAUAGGCAUCCUUCCCUAGGACUGCUGUAGGCUCAGCGCCCCUAGCAAGAGACAUGCCACGGGGACGAAAGAGUAGGCGCCGCCGUAACGCAAGGGCCGCAGAAGAGAACCGCAACAAUCGUAAGAUACAGGCCUCAGAAGCCUCAGAAACCCCGAUGGCCGCUUCUGUGGUCCCCAGCACCCCCCAGGACGACCUUAGCGGCCCGGAGGAAGACCCAAGCACUCCAGAGGAGGCCUCCACCACCCCUCAGGAAGCCUCCAGUACUGCUCAAGCGCAAAAGCCCUCGGUAGCCCGGAGCAAUUUUCAAGGCACCAAGAAAAGUCUCCUGAUGUCCAUAUUAGCCCUCAUCUUCAUCAUGGGCAACAGCGCCAAGGAGGCUCUGGUCUGGAAAGUGCUGGGGAAGUUGGGGAUGCAGCCUGGCCGGCAGCACAGCAUCUUUGGCGAUCCAAAGAAGGUCGUCACAGAAGAGUUUGUGCGCAGAGGGUACCUGAUUUACAAGCCGGUGCCCCGUAGCAGUCCCGUAGAGUACGAGUUCUUCUGGGGACCUCGAGCACACGUGGAGUCAAGCAAGCUGAAAGUAAUGCAUUUUGUGGCAAGGGUGCGUAACCGAUGCUCCAAGGACUGGCCAUGUAAUUACGAUUGGGAUUCGGAUGAUGAUGCAGAAGUUGAGGCUAUCCUCAACUCAGGUGCUGCAGGUUACUCCGCCCCUUAGGGAAAUCUGGCACAGACCUUUGGCCCUUGGGUGGUGGUGAGGGGGGUUGUAAAUAGCUUCACAGGUACCCCAAGGAGCAUAUCACCUGGGUUCUCAGUUGACUAUUAUGGGGGAAGAGGGUGCACUGUGUUUGGUAUUUGUGAUCAGUGCUAAUAAUUUGAAGUGUGAAAAAGAGCGUUUGCUUUGGAUAUUGUAAAAUUUUAUUCAUUUUAAUACAAUGUUGAUUAAGGUCACAAUA